AUGCGGUCAAUACGACGGCAUUUGGAUCAUCCUCCUCGCUGUUUAACUGUGUUCUUUCCGUCUUCAUUAAGCCCUUCGUCCCUUUCUUAUAUUAAGGAUCAAUGUACAAUCUCUUGCUCAUUCAGUCGUCAUAAUCGUUCUCUUACGUCCUUAACGCCUAAGAAACACUCUCCAGAGCUACCGACUUUACAUGGCAAAAACCUUUUGAAUCUUGUAUCCAGAGCAAGAGAUUCACAUCCUUUAGACUGGUCCGAAGGUGUAGGAAAUGCAGAGGAGACGGAUCCAUUGGAUUUAAAAGAUCCGCAUUAUGAUCUAACAAGUGCAAAACUCAGUAAACUCUUUUCACGUUUUCAUCCAAAUCCUCAUGGUAUGGUAUCAUAUGACGGAUUUAAACAAGGGCUUGAAGCUAUGGGAAUUGCAUGUGAUGAUAAAAAAGAGUUUCAAACCUUUAUUGAACAAGUGGAUAAUGAUAAAAGUGGAGGAAUCACGUACGAUGAAUUUCUAUACGCUAUUCAAGAGAUUAAGCUCGCACAACUUUUUAGUCCAGAAUUUGUAAAGGCUCUAACGUUCGAGUAUGCUCGUGUCUACGGUCAUGCAGCUCCUGUGGCACAAUUGGGCUCAAUUGAGUACUCACCCGAUCGAAUUCGUAGUGCAUAUCCGAUCAAAAUGGUGGAAAGGUUUAUGUACUCGAAACGACCAAAUUGGGCCAGUGUGCGUUGGAUUAAUGUGGAAGGAAUUGAUCCAUUAAUGAUGAGAAGACUAGCAGUGCGCUAUCGGUUGCAUCCACUUGCAGUGGAGGAUACACUGGAUGCCGAUCUUGAACGACCCAAGUAUGAGCAUUAUGACGAGCAUUCUUCGCUAAUACUUCAAACAGUGCACGCGCGUGAUUUGAAAAAAGCAUUGAAAUAUCAAAGCAUGUAUCGCGCUUCACUGUAUGUUCGCGAUAAUGGCGUGUCACCGUUUGAAAGUAUGAGCACGUCUGAGCUCGAAAGAAGACUUGACGAUCUUGGUAUAGGACGUAUUAUGGCUCUACCUGAACAACUGAGCUUGUAUAUUAUGGAGAACGUGGUCAUUAGCGUCCAGGAGGCUCCAAGUACGCUGUGGCCGACACUGAAACAACGGCUGGAAAUGUCAUACUCCAAGGUUCGACAAAGUGGCACGGCAUUUCUGGUGUACUCUAUUGUAGAUGUGUGUGUAGACGAAUUAUCUCCAAUUGCGCAUACAUAUGGAGCCAAAGUAGCGAUGCUGUCUUGUCUUCUCCGUCACGAUCCACUCAACUUUGAUGUUGAUCGCCUAGCAAAAUGCUCGAAAGAGAUUAAGGGACUCAAACUACUGUGCAAGCCACUGCGUGAAAUGACAACACAACUUAUGGAGUCGAGUGAUUUUGAGGGCGAGACGCUGCGAUAUUUUCGUGAUGUGCAGGACCACGUAACAGUCAUUGACGAGACCUGCGAUCGCCUCCUUGAUCGCUGUCGGAGUUUGGUAGAUGAUUUUCAUAAUGCACGGCACGCUCAGCAGAGCGAAGUUAGCUACACGCUCACCCUCGUUGCGACAGUGUUCCUACCAGCUCAAUUUCUCACUGGUUUGUACGGUAUGAAUUUCGUGAACAUGCCUGAACUGCAGUACGAGCAUGGGUACAUGAUUUGGUGGGGCGUUGUAUCAACUAUCGCCACUGGGACACUUACGUACUUUAAGUUUUACAAGAAGUGGCUCUAG